AGUGUUGAUUGUGGUAUAAGAUUGUGAACUAUUGCAAACGUUAGUAGAGAAAAGUUUCGAUUUUAUUGAGUCGUAAAAGCAUUUUAAACGAAAUCAUAAUGAAGAUGUUAGUGGCAUUAAUUUUGAUUCAAAUUGUUUCGAGAGUUAUCUGCAUUCCAAGUUAUGUGAUUGAAUCAUAUAGUAAAGUUCGUUUACAACAGCCUACGAUGGGACUUUCAGUUGAAAGUCAUAUGCCAAUGGAUAUCAUUUUGAAUCCAGUUCUUGCUGAUGAGCCACCAGCACAGGUUGAUAAAAUGGAAGGAAUUUUUGCAAAGAAUGAAGAGAUGAAAAAUAUCAAAACGAUGAACAUCGAUGAGGAAACAAUCAUGAAGUCAAUAAAUACACAAAAUCUUCCGCAGAAUAGUAACGACGAUAUUAAAGAUAAAAAUACUUUUGAUGAAAGUUAUGGAAUCGUUUUGGGACAUGAGAAGCCAGUUGGAUUUACACUCGCAUCCAAUUCCACCUCAACUGAUGCAAACUCCACUCAAAAUUGAUAUUCAUUUGAAGAAAGUUAAGCUCUGCUCAGUGUUUGUAAAUAAAAUUCAAGACAUUCGGUCUACAAUGCCGACAUCAUUUUUAUGAUAUUGUGAUAAAUAAAUUUAUUGUGACUCUGAUCUGA